CCUUCCCCCGUGCUCUCUCUCUCUUCUGCAACUCUCUCUCUCUCUCUCUCUUCUGCAACUCUCUCUCUCUCCUCCUCCAGGCCACCUGAAGGCGUGCAACCGGCGUUGUUGGCUUCGUCUCCUCCUCCUCUCGACGCCUACGGUGGUAUCUCACGAAAACUUGGCCGAAAAACGACGAACCACGUCGUGGAAGUUACUGUAGCAAUGGGUCAACGCCGAGUUCUCCCAUUUACGGCCACGAAAGGUGACCAAACCAGGUUCUUUGGAAGCGCCUUGAACCGUACUUCACGCUCUCCAAACUUCUUCCAGCGAUUUGAAGCGUGGAGGAAGAAAGCAUAAUUGGAAAAUUUCACUGUACAAUCGGGUUGCUUGAUUGUUCGACCACUUCGAGGACGAGGUACCGACCCAUCGUUUGACGAGGAUCCUUACGCUUGGGUACCACGUUAGCUGUAUACUUCAAAUUACGGUGUGGCCCUCUGUCUCAGAUCCAAAACCUGCCCACAAAUUAACCUUCUUCCACUUGUCCUAAUUUCAUAAACCUCUCAAAGGGUUAGACAAUUCAUGCAAGUUGGUGUUUCAUUAUUCUCAACAACCAAAAAAAAAGUUGAGGAUCCUGAGGGAUAGAGUUGAUCAGUGAGUUGUACGUUGUUGUGCUUUGGAAUUUAGAGAUCUAUGGAGAGGUAUGAGAUUGUGAAAGAUAUUGGGUCUGGGACUUCUGGGGUAGCAAGGUUGGUAAGAGAUAUAUGUACCGGAGAACACUUUGCCGUUAAGUUCAUCGAGAGAGGCAACAAGAUCAAUGAAAAUGUACAAGAAGAAAUCAUGAACCACAGAUCCUUGAAGCAUCCCAAUAUUGUUCAAUUCAAAGAGGUCCUCCUGACACCAACUCAUCUAGCCAUUGUGAUGGAGUAUGCUGCUGGAGGAGAACUCUAUGAGAGAAUAUGCAAAGCCGGUAGAUUUAGAGAGAAUGAGGCAAGGUUUUUCUUCCAGCAAUUGAUAUCAGGAGUUGAUUACUGCCAUACAAUGAAAGUAUGUCAUAGAGACCUUAAGCUUGAAAAUGCACUCUUAGAUGACAGCACAGCACCUCGGGUGAAAAUAUGCGAUUUUGGAUCCUCAGAGUCACUACUACUACAUUCUUGGCAAAAAUCUACUGCGGGAACACCGGCUUAUAUUGCACCUGAGGUCCUAUCUGAAAAACAAUAUGAUGGAGCGAUUGCAGAUGUUUGGUCUUGUGGAGUCUCCCUAUAUGUCAUGAUUGUUGGAGCAUAUCCCUUUGAAGAUCCUAAAGACCCUAUGAACUUUAGAAAAACAAUUCUGCGGACCCUUACUGUAUACUACUCAAUCCCUGAUAAUGUACGAGUUUCUGUGGAAUGUAGAGACUUGCUCGCUAAGAUAUUUGUGGCAAACCCAGAAAAGAGAAUUACAAUUUCAGAAAUUAAGAACCACUGUUGGUUCUUGAAGAAUUUACCUAUGGAAAUGUGGGAAGGAGGAAGUUGGGAAAGCAAUGAUGUAAACCAUCCAUCCCAAAGCAUUGAAGAAGUCCAGUCUAUAAUACAAGAGGCAAGAAAACCUUUAAAGGUCCCAACUGUCAGUAGGCAUCUCCUUGGAAGCAGCAUGGCUAUUGAUGAUGCUGAAUUAAACAAGUGGUGAUUUUGUGUGCUCAAAUGUGAGCAGUUAAAGUGUACAUAUGACACAAACCAUGCAUACUUAUCCCUGUGAAAUUGGUCUGAUGCGUGGCUUGCUAGCUCUCACUGGCCAUUUUGUUUUGCUGUAUUGAUAAGGUUUUGUUAUUGUAAAAGUCAAGUUUUAUCUUUUCCUUGAGGGAUCCAAAGUUAAAGCCAUUUCUCCGUGUUCAUUGGCUGCGGCCUCUGACUGUUUUUGCGGUUGGUGAUGGGAGGAUCUUGGAUCCAUAUCAGGUCGUUGGUCCUCAGAUUGGGAUGCCCGAAGGAGGUUUGAUCUAUGGGGCGGCAUGGUCGUUGACUUCCAGAAAUAUUUGGAUGCCAGAUGAUGAUGGUGGAGGUUGGUCUGUUCCGGGCAGACUGGGUCGAGUGAUUUGGUCCUCUAGUAGUGACGGCGACAUUGAUGCUGACUGCUGGGAUACGUUUUGGCUUGCGUCGACUGGCUUUGAUGACUGGAGUGGCGGAUCUAAGCCGUUGGGCCUCUUGGGCUACUGAGUGGUGGUGGGCUUGGUUAUUUUGGGCCUACAUGAUUGUUCGAGUGUUAUUUGUUAUUUUAGUUUUUGGUUUCCAUCCUUUUAUACAAAAGGAUGACGAACCUAUUUUUUUCUUUAUUUGAGUGGGGAAGAUCGACAAGAAACAGGUAGCCUCGUAGGUUGUUUAUUGAUUAGUUUUUUGUUUUUGCGCUUAAUCAAAAAAGGUGAGUGUGCUAAGGCUUGUGUGCUCUAUGUAACAACUUCUACUGACGGCCCUCUGGGCAAGUUAUUAUUGUACUGCUUGCUAAAAUGCUUAAUGAGAUUGACUUUUUUAGAUCAAAAAAAAAAUAAUUUAUCUUUU